CAUUGCUGACGCGAGUGUUGAUGUGCUGUAAAUACACUCAUCCACCCCAAUAUUCAGCGCCCAUCUCACUUGAUUCACCCCAUUGCAGUCUUUCUUCCUCAUCUCGACUUCAAACAAACUCACUAUGGCCUCAAAACCGGACCGCUUCCCCGGCUUCACAACCGUCACGGACCAAAUCUUUGUCCGCGAAGGAGAAGAGCCGGCCGACGGCGCACAACCGCCGCCAGGCCAACCAAGGGUCGUCGUCAUCUACAGCUGGGGCGACGCCGUCCCGAAGCACGUCGCCAAGUACGCCGACGGCUUCCGCAAGCUCUUCCCCCACGCGAGACAGAUCGCCGUCCUCGCGCCCAUCCUAAAGGCCCUCGGACAGGACCUCGAGACCCGCGCGAACAACAUGAAGCCCGUCAUUGACCUCACCUACCCGGACGCCAACACGUCGACGACAACGACGACAGCGCCGGACGAAGACGCCGUCCUGCUGCACGUCAUGUCCAAUACCGGCGGCAUCAACUACGCCGGCACCCUCUACGCCUACCAGCAGAAAUACGGCCGCCCCAUGCCGCACCGCCUGUCAUCCUACGACUCGACGCCCGGCAGCGUCGUCCUGACGAGGGCCAACCUCCGCCGCUGGUCCCUCGCCAUGACGCUCGGCACGGCCGGCUGGUUCCCCUGGCCCUUCGUCGUGACGCAGUGCAUCAUGGCCGUCUUCCUGCUGCUCAACCAGGCCUUCGAGUACCUCAUCGGCCGCGAGAGCGCGCCUGUCUUCAGCGUCAAGGCCAUCGGCGACCCCAAGUACGUGUCCAAGGGCUCGCGCAAGCUGUACCUGUACAGCAAGGAGGACCCCCUCAUCGGCUGGGAGGACAUUGAGGCGAACAUGGCCGAGUCCAAGGGCCGGGGCUACGCGUACAACGCCGUCAUGUUCGAGGGGACCGGCCACGUCGGGCACAUGCGCAUGUUUCCCGAUCAGUACUGGGGCGCCAUCGCGGCGGCGUGGGGGGAGACGUGAGAUCUCUCCUCUGGAGGGAUGACAGCGUGAAUGGUGUAGAGUGGGCGGUCUUGUCGGCCAUCGUGAUUGACCUGCUAGGGCUUAUCUUCUGGCGGCGGAGGAUCUAGCCUUUGAUGGACUUCCAGUGAUUUUUGGGCGUAUUGGAGGCUGAAUGGUUUGGGACUUUGAAUAUUGGUGUCGGGGUAUGCAGUGGGUUUACAACUUACACCAACUUCAGCGAUAUGAGAUUUGGCUGUCGACGGCAUCGGUAAGUGACAGCUACACCCAGGUAGCCAAGAGAUAUGGCUAAGGCAUAUAACAAUUUGGGAUAAUCCCGGCAUCUCCAGUUACUUUUCUGCAAGUGACGCUGUUGUAAGCGGGCUGUAUCAUACACUUUGUCUGAUUCGGUGACCAUCCAAUAAUACCAUGACCGGCGGAUUGAUGUUAGACGAAUAAU